GACACACCAACACACCAUGCUGCUCCUCUACGUCGUCGGGACGGAGAGUGACGACUUCACCCACUAAAUUCCCGCUGUUUGAGCUGCAGCUUAACUUUUUGGCUUUCGUUAAUUUUUUUUAAGACUGAAAAAAUAUGAGGAAAGUGGACGGAACGCCCCUUAAUUACUUCAAGCAGGACUUUAUCGGGGAAAAAGUUUAACUUGCCAGUCUGGACGGAUACUUUCUUUAAACGGCUCUUUUUUUGUGUCCCACCGAAAAUGUUGCCUUAUUCACUUCACCGUUGAACGUGUCUUGACGUGAUGCGUUUAAAGGAGAGACUCCCGUUUGGAUUCACGAGCUUUCUCUUUUAAAUGCAAAAACUUUUAUUGUGUCAAAAGAGCGAAGUAUCUCACAGAAGGAGAUAAGUAACUACUAUGGAUGUUGUUGCGUUUGAGAGCCGUGAGUCUGGACCUGCUGCUGGGAUGCAGCGCGCAUCUGAGCCGCGGAGUUUCACGCCACGAUAGAGGAGCCGCGCUGCACCUGACCGUGAAUGUAACACAGUGCUGACAGCGCCGCAAGGAUUUACUAUGUCCUCACUAGUGGACAGGAAGUUCACUCUGUGCCAGACUCUGACCUUCGUCCUGCUGCUGCUCGCCCCGGCCUGCUCCUCCUCCUCCUCACAGAGAUCGUCCUGGAGACCUGUGCGGGCUCACUCUGGUGAAGCGGCGUCCAGCAGACUGACUCGUGUGCGCCGGCAGCUGCACUUGAGGAAUGAAUGGGCCAGCUGGAGCGGCUGGUCGGUGUGCUCUCGCACUUGUGGCUCGGGAGCAUCAGUGCGGAUGAGAACUUGUGUAACCAGAAAUCCGGUGGGCGGGCCGUGUGGAGGGGAACCCAGACAAUACAAGAUCUGCAACACUAAGGAGUGUCCACCUGGCUCAGAGGACUUCCGACAAAUGCAGUGUGCAGCCUUCAACAACCGCCCGUUGGUGGCUGGAAGCUCCUUCAAGUGGACAACGUUUCAUGGAGGCUCUGAUCCCUGUGAGCUCAGCUGUCUGGCCCUGGGUCAUAACUUCUACUACAACUUUGGCCGCGUGCUGGAUGGCACCGCUUGCCAUAAGGAACCCGGAGCCGUGUGCGUGAAUGGACGCUGCCUGAAACCUGGCUGUGACUCCAUCCUGGGCUCCAAGCAACAGGAAGAUGCCUGCAUGGUUUGUGGAGGACUCAACAACACCUGCCUGCACCACAGGAGUGUGUACCACAGUAACGGCCUCGAGGCAGGCGGACCUUUUGGAUACAACGAGGUUGCUAUGAUUCCAGCUGGGGCCACUCACAUCCGUGUGACCGAUAACAGCCGGAGUUAUCUGGCACUCCAGAACGGUCGUUCCCAGUUCGUGAUCAACGGUAACUGGAAGAUCAACGUCCCAGGUGAAUACAGUGUGGCCGGGACAAAAGUGCUGUAUCGGCGCUCAGCUGACGUCUGGGAGAGUUUUGAAGUUCCAGGGCCAACCAAGGAAGACCUUCAUUUGAUGGUCCUAGCAACUGACAGAAAUCCAGAGAUUGAGUACGAGUACUGGUUACCUCCGGACCAGUACGCCCUGUAUCAUGGGAAGAGAAGCCCGCUGCGCCAGGCUCACCACACUGCCAGCUACAACCCCUGGGAUAAGGCCAGCAGCCCGACCACCACCAGAACACCCAGCACCACCAGCCGCCCUCAUCCUGUCACCCCUCGAAGCCACUGGUUUUUAAACCCUGUUAAACCUCCACGCCAACCACCUCAUCAGCGCCCCCACCAGCCCAUCCUGCCUCGCCUGGAGCGGGAAGAGAACCACAGGAACCUGCUGCCUCAGCCGUCACCUGGAAGAAAUUGCGGGAAAUGUUACAGGGUUAAAGGUCGAAGGGAACGCCAAAGGCAGUAUUGUCAGAAGGAUUUUGUUUUCCGUGCCAAAGUCUUUGGGAAGCUUUACCGUGGAGAGGAGACGCGCUACGACGUCCAGAUCAUCCACACUUACAGGAACCGUUACCGCCUGGAGCACAGAGAGUUCCUGUGGGCCCCAAAUCUGUGUGACUGCCCUCAGCUGGAGCCCGGGAAACAGUAUAUAAUGAUGGUGCGUAUGCACAUUAACUAUGAGCACACGCUGAACCGAAUCUUGCUGGAGGAGGACAGCUACGUGGUGCCGUACAGACCCAGGGAGGAUGAACUGCUGCGGCAGCUCGAGAGACUCUGCAGCAACAGAGGACCCAGAAAUCAGGCGGCACUCAGCGGAUGAGGACAAAGUCAAGCUUUCAAAACUUGGAGUGCUGUCCCUCUGGAUCGUCCACAUAUCACCAAAUAACGGGUGGUUCCACUUUGGCGACACCGAACACUGAAUUGUCAUCUGACAUUUGGAAUUCAUCACAACACAGAACUUUAUUUAAAAUGAGCAGCUUCCUUUAACAGAGCACUUUAGGUGGCACUUUGUGGCCACCUUUAAACACAAACCAAAGAACUUUGACUGAACAUUUCCUAUUUGUUUCGAUUAUUAUUGUCCACAUCUUGUUUAUGUUUGUUAAUAACUUUGUUUCGCUCAGAUAAAAAAAAAGUGAGUUUAAAAUUGGAUGGAUUAAGGUCAGUGGGUCAUGAUGUGCAGAAGUCAUUUGUGAAAGGCCGCAGCAGCUGGAGCUGAAGCCUGAGUGAGGCAGGGCGCAGCAAGUAUUACACAAAUGUCUGUUUUUGAGUAUUCCAGAUAUGUGCUCCUAAAAAGUCACAUGGUCUUCUUGAGCACCCCGUGGAGGAGGUGGGAGGCAGUUCUCAAACUGCCCGAGCUUGUCUGCUGCUCCGCUCACCUCCAUGAAGGUUUCUGUAUUCACUCAAAAAACCUCUUCAAGAUGUUUCCCCCGCUGAGCUAACAUGACCAACGCAAUUGGCGCUAGCUGUCACGAGCCUCAGGCGUAUGUUGCGCACACUAUGUCCUGGCAGAGAAGUGUGUUUGUAAAGAAAAAUGGGGCUGUGCAACACUAAACCUAUGGUAAGUUUAAAUAAUGAAGACAUUGUUUGUUCCUCAGUACAUAUUGUGUUGUACAGACGCCAAAUAGUGAGCGAGAUGUUUGGGUCUGAUGGACAACAUCUUCACUUCACAUUUCGCCAACCCCAAAGGCAAUUUCAACUCAGUUUGCUACGCCAUAUAAGCUGCUCACAAUCGUCACAAUGAUUUUAGAACUUCAAGACAACCAAAGCAAUUCUGCAAACAAUUCAAAUUCAAAAUGUCCAGAAGGAUCCAGCGGAUGAAACAAGUGGAUCUGUAGCAUGUGAGCAGUGUCUACAUAAUGCACUUCAGCUACAUUAGCACUUCGACUUCAACCAUUGGCACUUAAGCUAAUGAAUUUCACUGCAUUUGAAACGACUGUUUUUAAAUCUCGAGGCCCUGGACAUCACUGAUAACACAACUGUAAAAGGCUGACCGAGCAUCUAAUAGAAAUAUUGAGUGAGGAUCACUUGUGAUGACUCCAGCCCAGAUGUUUUAUCAUUUUACAGUACCUUUGUAGCACAUUAAAAAUGUAUUACCGUAGCUGUGCUUGUGAUGAGAGUGUGACACACUGCCUCACAAUUGCCUGAACAAUUGUGCUCACAUACAAAUUUCUUGUUUCCGACCUUGAUUUCUAAGUAUUUUCUGAGUGACUUCUAAGAGUACAUUUUAUGGCCGAAGUAUUUUGAUGUUUGACUGUAACAGCAAUUGUGCCAAUGAUUAGCUAAACCUCAACUAAGUGUGCCAAAGUAUCUGUCUGCUUUUGUCCACAAAAUGUUUGGAUGAUAAAGAUGUUUCCUAAUAAUAUAACAUGUUUACUAAA